AUCUUCGAGCGAAUUGCCGGCGAAUCUUCCCGCCUCGCUCAGUACAUUAAUAACUAUUAUCGAUUUUUUUUCCUUCUUCUUCAUUUACAUUUAAAAGAUAUGAAUCUCCUGAAUUAGUUUUCAUGUCAUACACUAGAUUGGUGUUAUCUCCAUUAUUAUAUUUAUUCUCUGAAGGCGAAUUCCUUGCAAUCAAGCAUUGAACACCCACCGCAUAUAGGUUUGAAAGCUCAUUAAUAAAAUGAGGACACUGGUACACUAGUGAAAUCUUACAAAGAUUCAGCAUUUACGUGACGCCAUCCACUGAGUGAGGAGGCUUGUCCGAGAGCGUAUAGCACUAGUAACAACUGUAUUUAUCUUCUUUACAUUUGAGUUCUCUUACUUUGUAUUCGUGUCAUUGAUCCCAAGAAACAAGAAGUGAAUUACCAAAGUGGGCUCUCUAAUAUCAGAAGUGUAAGUGGUAUUUCAGCUUUGUGCUCAAGCUAUUGAGAUAUAUUGUCUGUUUGCAUUGUUUCGUUCGAUCAGAGAGUUCAGAUGUAUGAAUUGUGAUCUUGGAGCAUACGAUCCGGCUUGAAUGGUGGAUAACAAGUAUCGUUAAAUCAAGAUAAUCAGAGGUUGAUAGCAAGCACUACGAAAUCAAUCAGAGCAAAAGUUGAAUUGUCUUGAUAGGAGAUUGAAGGAGACACGGAAACUAUCUGUGAAGAGCUCGUUUUACUCUGCCAAUCUUUAGAUGGACAUGCACAUCUUAAAUAUUCUAAUUGGAUUUUAGUAUAACUUCUUCAUGUCAUCGAUAAUAUUGAUCGCCAUUUCCCCUAGCAUGACUCCUGCUGUUCUGCUGCCUCUGGGCUUACGCACGCAUUGAUCGCUUAGGCAAAUAUUUGGCAUGUACAGCAAAACGACAAAAAUGUAAUUCAUCAUACUUGGAUCGAUAUAGGAAUGCGAUUUCGGAAAUUAAAAAUAUUCCAGUCGACCGCGAGAUGAAGCGCGUUCUCCACACAAAUCCGGAAGAAAAUCAGUUAGUAAACAAGAAUAUAACUUAGCAUUAGGAUUCAGAUUGGAUUUGAAUUACGAUCUUCAUCAGACAUAUCUGUGUAUUUCAUUUCUGGAUGAUCCCAUUGUGCCGUCUCGUGUACAUUAAUAGUGAUACUCUUUCCUACUAGUUGCUGAUUAAAUGAAAGGUUAAGUGCAGUUUGUCAUGCAAAUACAUUUGAUGGAAUAUUCACAACGGUGUAAAUGAUUCUAACUAUCCUGAUAUGAUCUUCAUCUUCUACGACAGGGAAAGUACACCGAUCUAAACCUGAACAUCUAACAAUUAAAAUAAUAUAUCUACCUCACGGACUCUCCUUAUUGUUGUUACAUUACAGGCUUGGAGUGAAUCCACACAUUGUGAAUAUUGGACAUGUGAUAAAGAUGGCCUUGGAUGAUGCAUGUUAUUCGAUGGAGAACUAUCCUCCCGGAGUGGUUAUUCUACCAACAUUGUUCAAUGAAGAUCUACAUGUAUGUUAUCCUUUAACUGACUCUAUUCGGAUAAGUCUUUCUAUGGUGAUUGGUGUGACAGCUAAUGUAGGAGCUCUAAUCUUGAUAUGGUUUAGCAGGAAACAAGAGCAUGUUCCUACUAGUUAUAACAUACCCAACGUUCUAGUAUUGGUACUCUGUGCUACAGACCUGACUAGACUCUUGUUUGGUGAAAGUGUUUGGAUAGUAACUAUUCUAUAUGGCUCUUGGAUAGGAGGCUCUGGAAGUCUUCUCUAUUCUGACUUUGUCAGUACGAUGUGUCUUCGGCUCUCAGGGUUCGUUGUCAUCUUCAUGGGUGUUGAACGUUACCUCAGUCUUCUUAAACCUUUCUUCUAUGAUAAUAGCGUAACUUUACAACGUAUAUUCAUCGCCAUCUUUGUCCUAAUCAUCUACUCCUUUGCUAUGGCUUCUUUUCAAGUGACUGGUCAAGUCUACGCCAUACCACAUACAUGCAACUUAUCUACAACUUCCUAUUGCUUUACAUAUAGAAACACUACAGUGCAUUGGACCUCAGUGAUUUAUACAGCUUACGAUAUUCUUACAGUAGUUGAGAGUCUUGCUAACAUUGUUAUUCUGGUGUUUUGUAACGUGUUUGUGAUACGCUGUAUGAGACGGAUGCGACAAAGGAUUGAUAUGGUGUGCCCUAGGAAUAGGGAUGAAUACAUCAAACAAGUAGAUAUGAUACGCGGAGUAUCUGCGGAAUUCUCCCGUCUUAUGGUUGGCAUCACACUUGUCUUUGUCAUCACAGUCAUUCCAUACGAGAUCUGUGUCCUGUGCAAUCACUUCGAAGUAGGGUUCUCGCCGACCUUUGACUACAUAUCAGCUGUUUUAUACAUGAGCACUACGACCAUCAACCCACUCAUGUAUGGUCUCUUCAGAAGAAAAUAUCGGAGAAAAGUCUGGCGCAAGGUCGUGAAGUUAUUAUCUGCUUGUCGGCAAGGAAACCGAGUGCACCCUCAUGUGGACAUAGAAGGAAAGGAAGAGAUUCCAGCCGUACAGGGAGAUGGAACUGGUAGAUCAUCAGAUACUUAAAGAUAACUCCAUCUUGUAGGAAAGGAUGAGAUUCCAGCCGUAGGGAGAGAUGGUACUGGUAGAUCAUCAGAAUACUGGACAAUAACCAGCGGUAGCGGGAGAUGGGACUGGUAGAUCAUCAGAUACUGGACAAUAACCAGCGGUAGCGGGAGAUGGGACUUGUAGAUCAUCAGAUACUGGACAAUAACCAGCGGUAGCGGGAGAUGGGACUGGUAGAUCAUCAGAUACUGGACAAUAACCAGCGGUAGCGGGAGAUGGGACUGGUAGAUCAUCAGAUACUGGACAAUAACCAGCGGUAGCGGGAGAUGGGACUGGUAGAUCAUCAGAUUCUUGGCAAUGACUCCAUCUUGCUCAUGAUAGUGAUUGAAUACUGUUAUGUCUCCCGUCAUGCGAUUCAACCAAAUACAAAGAAUUCAUGUUAUAAAUCUACAACUCCUCGCGUUUCUCAUGUCCUUUCAGAGCCGAUUAACGUGGACGUAAAAGAGAGGAAUUUGUAAAGUCAUGAAGUAAUUCGGUAAAUGUAUGAAACAUAUUUUACUUCAGGUGGUUAAUUCCCUAUAAAGUCAUCGUAUAUGUUACUUUUAGUUUGUCUAACCACUUGAUCCGAACCA